AUGAGUUCUUCUUCUAGGAGUGAAUUGUACAAGGAAAAGCCUGCAGGUGGUACAUUGGUUGUUUGUCCAGCUAGUGUGCUUCGACAAUGGGGUCGCGAAUUGGACGAGAAAGUGGCAGAGGAAUCGAAACUCAGUGUUUUAGUUUAUCAUGGAAGCAAGAGGACUUUGGAUCCUGCUGAAUUAGCAAAGUUUGAUGUUGUUUUAACUACAUAUGCUCUUAUAAGUAUCGAGGUUCAAAAACAGCCUCUUGCUGAUGAGGAAAAGCUUGGAUCAAAGAAGCGGAAGCGAAAAGAUGAAGAUGAUUCUGUUCCAGGAACUCUUGGAAAAGUACGUUGGUUUAGGGUCAUUUUAGAUGAAGCUCACAUAAUUAAGAACCACAAGACUAAAGCAGCUCGAGCGUGCUGCAGCCUCGAGGCGAAAACCAGGUGGUGCUUAUCUGGGACGCCGCUUCAGAAUCAGAUUGAGGAGUUGUAUAGCUAUUUCAGGUUUUUGAGACAUGAUCCUUAUCGUGAUUACGCGAGGUUUGUUAAUGGUAUUAAGAAGCUGAUAUGUGGAGGAUAUGGUUAUCGGAGGAUUGGAACGGUCUUGAAGGCCAUUAUGUUGCGUCGAACUAAAGACACUUUGAUUGAUGGUAAGCGUAUAUUGGAUUUACCACCCAAAACUACACAUUUGAGACGGGUGCAAUUCUCCGAUGUGGAAAGGAAUUUCUAUGAUAAUCUUGAAGAGAGUUACUCUUGGUGGUUAAAGUUUUAUGUUGCCAAAGGAACUGUUAGAGAGAAUUAUGCAAAAAUUUUGAUGAUGCUUCUACGGCUUCGCCAGGCUUGUGACCAUCCCCUGUUUGUGCAAAAUGCGCAUAAAAAAGUUGUUAGAAGAGAAUCUUUUGUAACUGCAAUGACCCUUCCUAAUGCAAAGCUUCAUAGUUUAUUGAAGGUGUUGGAAAAGUCUUCGGUUGUCUGUGGUGUCUGCUUCGAUCCACCCGAACUUGCAGUUGUUAGUAUCUGUGGACAUGUUUUCUGCUUUGAAUGUGUGUUAAAUCACUUGACUGAGAAAGAAACUGCUACUUGUCCUGAAGUUGGAUGUAAAGAAGACAUUGGAGUGAGUGCUAUUUUUACAGAAGAAGUAUUAAAAGAGUGUCUCUCUGACUCUGAUGAUACUGAUGGUGAUUCUUCCCAGUCAUCUAGUGAUGAAGAAGACGUUAAAAUCCUGAAGAAUGAACCUAGUUCCAAGAUCAAAGCAGCCAUCCAGGCUUUGCAGGCUUGCUGUAAACCAUCAAUUCCUAGUUCACAAAAAAAUGAAUUUGGUAUGGCUAGUUCUCAGAUCUCCAAUCCGGCAAAAGCUCUUGUGUUCUCACAGUGGACAACCAUGCUAGACUUGCUCGAGGAAGAACUUCGUGAUAAGGGUUUAAAAUACCGAAGGCUUGAUGGCACAAUGUCACUGAAUGCUAGAGACAUAGCUGUGAAAGAAUUCAAUACCAACCCUGAGGUGGAUGUUAUGCUAAUGUCACUCAAAGCUGGAAAUUUAGGGCUCAACAUGGUGGCAGCUACUCAUGUAAUACUUCUGGAUCCUUGGUGGAAUCCAACUACCAAAGAUCAGGCUGUUGAUCGAGCGCACAGAAUCGGACAAACUCGUCCUGUUACAGUUACGAGGUUAACCAUUCAAAACACAGUUGAAGACCGGAUUUUGACCCUUCAGGGAUUGAAGAGGCAAUUGGUCUCAGCUGUCAUUGGUGAUCCAAGCCGGGGAUCUGCAGCUGGCUUAACCGUACAAGACCUCAAGCAUCUAUUCAAUGUGAGAUAGAGUCAGAUAUUUCUAUAGCAGACAUCAUGUAUGCUCUUGAAGAAUAAUAUUUGAAAGAAUGCUGACCAGGU